UUAAACGGGACAUGACCUUCACAUUUCAGUCAGAGGACUUAAAACGUGACUCCAGUAAAAAAUUGUCUCAACAACACUUGUUCUCCUUGGCCAUGGAGGAAGAUGUAAAAACAGCAGACACCAAAAAACCCAACCGAGUCCUUGACCAUGAAAAAGAAAAUACUCGCUCUGUCUGUCUUCUUGAGCAAAAACGAAAAGUUGUUUCUUCAAAUAUCGAUGUUCCUCCAGCAAGGAAAUCUUCUGAAGAAUUGGACAUGGACAAAGUGACAGCAGCAAUGGUUUUAACCAGCCUGUCAACCAGCCCUUUGGUUCGAAGCCCUCCUGUACGGCCAAAUGAGGGCCUCAGCGGAUCCUGGAAGGAAGGAGGAUGCGUGCCUUCCAGUUCAAGCAGCAGCGGCUACUGGAGCUGGAGUGCCCCCAGUGACCAGUCCAACCCAUCCACGCCAUCGCCACCCCUCUCGGCCGACAGCUUCAAACCCUUCCGCACCCAGGCUCAGCCCGACGACGGCAUCGACGAGUCAGAGGCUAGCAACCUUCUCUUUGACGAGCCAAUCCCCAGGAAAAGAAAGAACUCCAUGAAAGUGAUGUUCAAAUGCCUCUGGAAAAACUGUGGGAAGGUACUGAGCACAGCUGCAGGCAUCCAGAAACACAUCCGGACCAUUCAUCUUGGGCGUGUUGGGGACUCUGACUACAGCGAUGGAGAGGAGGACUUUUACUACACAGAAAUCAAGCUCAACACCGACUCGGUGGCAGAUGGACUGGGCAGCCCAGCCCCAGUGUCUCCCUCCCAGUCCUUGGCUUCGCCUUCUACUUUCUCCACCUCUGAUUCAAGCCGAACGGAAACUUGUGCCAAAACUGAGACUAAACUGAUGACACCCUUGAGCCGUUCUGCUCCUACCACCCUCUACCUCGUGCACACCGACCAUGCUUACCAGGCCACACCCCCAGUGACCAUUCCAGGAUCAGCCAAGUUCACCCCCAAUGGCAGCAGCUUCAGCAUUUCCUGGCAAUCUCCUCCGGUUACCUUCACAGGCAUUCCAGUCUCACCAACACAUAACCAUCUGAUGGGCACAGGAGAGCAGAGACAACACACCCACACGGUCCUGUCCUCCCCACCCAGAGGAACCGUCAGCCUAAGAAAGCCCAGGGGAGAGGGCAAAAAGUGCCGGAAGGUAUAUGGCAUGGAGAACCGAGACAUGUGGUGCACCGCCUGCCGCUGGAAGAAGGCCUGCCAGAGGUUCACUGACUGA